GGUUCUUCCCAGCUGAGCUGGGCACUGGCCAGUGUCCUCUGUGUGUGUAUGUAUAUAUGCAUACUUUCUACUUCGUUCCUCCAUUCUUCGCCUCACUCAGCUCAUUGAGCUUCUUCCGUCCUGCUGCAAGUUCGACCCACGAGAUUGAUGCCAUUCGGGCGUCUUCCCAGCGCCAUUUGGAAGAAGGGAGGCAAGUGUUCAUAGAGAGAGAGAGAGAGAGAGGCAACACUCGGUAGCAGAGCCGCCCUUUCUCUCUCUACCCCCUCUUGGUUUUAAGAUUCCCAUCCAUGCCCAUCAAGAAACCGGGAGUGAUGUCUCCUCAUGGGAUCCUCUUCUGUCUCAUCGCCGUCUCCUUUCUCGCUAAUGCCGCCCGUCACACCGAAGCAGCUGCACCCCAAGGUAAUGCUGGGCCGGAGAUGGUGCCGAUGAUCGAAGAAGGGAAGAUGGAGAUGGUGGUGCUGAACGAGACGAGGAGGAAGCUCGGGAGCUUCCAGAUAUGCGCGCUGUGCACAUGCUGCGGAGGAGCAAACAGGGUGUGCUUGCCUUCUCCCUGCUGCUAUGCCAUCAACUGCAACAUCCCCAAUCGGCCAUUUGGGUUCUGCUCUUUCACCCCGAAGACCUGUAAUUGCUUCGGAUGCCAUCUCUGAGAAUCCGGUAUUAUCGAUUGCUCGGCGCCUUAUCCUAAGUAGGGAUUGUGGUGAGUGUGAAGUUUGGAAGAAUAUUUGUUGUUCUACUAGGCAGCUUUGGAUUAGUAUUAUAAGUUGGUAAUUGUCAUAUAUAGGGUAAUUGCUAGUUCCAUCCAGCUAAGGUUCUUGAUAUUCAUAUCAUAGCAGGAUAAAGUUUUCAUUUUUUUUUUCCUUCAAGAAAAUCACUUUGGGGGCAUGGAGAUUUUACUGGCAGUAGUAGCAAUAUGUUUGCCUGGAGUAAGCACUGGCAGGUUAGCAUCACAAUGAAACAUUGUCCUUGUUAUUCAAGCAAAUUGCGUCUAAUGCUAUUUUGUAAUCUCCCUCCC